UUCAAACUUUUCGUAGCCGGCUAAAAGACCUACAUAUCCUUUGCGAUAUUUUUCGUAAAUCUUUACCGUGUGGGGUAAUAUUGUCAGAAAAUGGAUCUGCACAUUUCUUGGACUUUUCUCAUCCCUCUGAUGCUCAUACUAACAGAGGCAAAAAAGGACAAGGAGUUGUAUUGUGCAGUUUGCAGAGCCUUGGUGGAUGAAGUAAACUUUAGUAUCGGUGAAGUUGAUCCAAAGAAAAUGGUACAAGUUGGAAGUUUUAGAAUUGAUGGAAAAGGAAAUCAAUUGACAAAACAGGUUCCGUUAGCUAGAUCAGAGUUACACCUGACCGAGUUAUUAGAAGGGGUUUGUGAAAGAUUCAAGGACUAUGCGGAAACUACUAAUAGUGAAGGAAAGAAAAGUGUUGUAAGAACGUCAUCAAGAAAGGGGAAACCUGUAUCACUUCAUAAUAUAUCUAUCAGCUCCGAAAAACAGAAACUUAUCCGCUUUGCUUGUGAUACAAUACUAGAGGAUCAUGAAGAAGAAAUAAUGGCAGCUUUCCAAAAGUACACAGAGCCAUCUGAUACAGAAGAGAAAGUUUGUAGGGAACUGGCAAACCUCUGUACAGAAGCUGAUCUGAAAGUGUCAAUGCCUUCUUCUGAAAUGACAGCAGAAGAUGAAGCAGCAAUGGAAAAUGAUAGUGAUAGUGAUGAUACAGACAUUGAGGAUGGGGAUGACGUAGACUCUGAGAAUGAGGUCUCUCCGUCUCAGGAGCCUGCCGAUGAUGAGGAGGAAUAUGUUACCAUGACAAAUCAGAAUGCAGGGACAGAACAGAAGACUGAGAAAGAGGAGCUAUGAUGAAAAUCUUUCCAUUUAUAGUGUUAUUUCUGUGUGUGUUAAUCAACAUGUACCUACCAUAUGUCGAGAUUUUUUUAAUAAGCAUGUAGAUCACCUGUUCUGAACUUAGAAACAUAAAUAGGCAAUCAACAACUGUUAUCAGUUCUUUGGUCAGUGGCUGUCAUUCUACAGAAAUACUGAGGGUCAGUCAGAUUAAAAAGUGGCGAUUCCCAGUAUAUCUAGCAUUCCUCUGUAUUGCCAAGGACUGACAAUAACUAAAGAAUCUUUUUUUUCUCCAAGGAAAUUUCUCAUCGUCAAUGAAUGUUAAUGAAAUAAUAGAGAUUUUUUUUUCAUUUAUCUUGCUUCGUUGAUAAGUUGUAGGAUGUAAUUUCAAGAUGAAAAAAAAGUUGUGCUUUAUCUGCAUAGUGAGUAACUGUCGCUACAAACAUAAAUAUAAGGAAAUAUGUCUCAGAGCACAUUCACAACAUCCUUAGUGCUUAAAUUGCUGUUUGUAGUAAUGUGUUGUGCGAUAUUGAAGCACAGAUGGCUACACUUGUAUGAAAGCAAUCCAAUGGAAUGUGUAAAUUUUUAUGAUGUUGAUAUCUAACAUGAUGCAUUGGUUUAUGAUAUUCAAACGAGCAUAUAAGAAACAUUUUUUUUUGGUGAAAUUUUCUAGAAAAAAUUGCCUUCUAGACACAAGUAUUCAAGAAAAUUUUGUAAAGAUCUUGUAAAUCAGACAUAAUAAUGUGUUUUAACAGUAACUUCUUUUUUUUUUUUUUUUUUUUUUUUGUAGCUGUUAGUUGUAGUGCUAAACCAUUCUCCGCUUCUCUCAGUUGUCAAGCGUUUAAUAAACGUUACGAAGGGAAAUAACUCUUGGAGAUCAGAUUGCACUAAACAUAUAUAUAUAAUAUUUAUAUAUCUGAUACAGUUGAGGCAUGUAUAGAUGAAUACUUUAUGAACGUAAUAACAUUGAUGGGCUUUAAAAUGAAAGCUUGAGUCAAAGUACAGUGUAUGUUUGUCAUUUAAAUGGAAUUCAAGAAUGAAUUAUUGCAAACCUGUUUCAUUUACAUUUUGAGAUGAAUCUUUAUAUGUAUGUAUAUGUAUGUAUACAUUUACAUUGUAUUAUAUUUAUGUUUUAUUACAUGUUCAGGGAAAACAAUUUACAUGAAGAUAGAUAUGUGCACUGGAAAUACACCCAUAUGAUGAACAUAAGUACAGAGUGAGAAAAAAUUCAUAUAACACAUUAAAUGAUUAAAAAGCUUAGAUAUUAACACUAGUAUGUGAUUCUUUGAGAUAUUUUCUGAUUUUUAAUUCAAGUGGAUAAAAGACUUGUUUUGUUUUUCAAGUUUAUUUCCUAGUUGUCCUCUUAUUUUGUCUUCUGUUCGAAAUCCACAAAGGUUGAAAUAAUAAAGUAUUAAACUCAUAAAAUUUAUUUUCAUUUCUUAAAAUCACUAUAUUUUUCUGUCAUUACUCAUUUUAAAGAUCAUAACAGUGUAUGAAAAAUUACAACUAUUUUAUUUGAAAUGAAUUUUCAAAAAGGGAAAAGCAAAGAAAAUUGCUUGUUUUCAAAGACAGUAACACUACAUGAUGAUUAAUGACAGAUUAUUUUGAAACUGUGAUUUGAGAAGUUCAUUUUUAUUUUCUACUGUAAGGAAGAUAUGACCUUGUAUUUAAUAAUGCAUUUAGGUGAAAUGGCUUUCCUUCUUGACAAUUAAGUCAAAAAGCUUUACCAAGUCCUUUGUCAAAUGACAUAUGUGUAAGAAUCGUUGGAUAAGUUCUUUGUCGAAUGUACAGGUCAGUAUCCCUUCUGACUGGCAGGUUUCCAGCGGAUUUUUGUAGUCACAAAUUAGUAGUCAGCAGACAAAGUCUCUUACGGAUGUCCAAGUUGAUAGUUUUUGGGACAUAACAAAAAUUAAUGAUAAAGAGCUAUCACAACAACCCAAGUACAUUCUAUACUUAUCUUAAUAAACAACCAACACUAGAUUUACAGGUAAAACCUCACUAUAUCAACAGAUGUUUAUCAGAAAUUUUCUCCACAGAGGAUAAACUAUUGUAACAGUGAUGAAUUGUUACCUAAUUUUUCACCAAAUUGGUGUCAUGUAAAUAGAAUCAUUUUCUAACUGGUCACAUUUUCCCUUGUGGUUGAUAUGUAUAUACAUGUAUAUAUGUUGACUGAUGAAAUCUAGCAUGUAAUGAAACAUUUUGAAGUGUCGAUCAUCCCAUACUUUAACUACUUAUGUAUCGGUUGAAAUGAUGUGCGAUGCCCUUAACUUUAUUUAUUAAGACUUAUUUUCUGAAUAAAAUGUCUGAGAGUUAAUAA